CUGGAACACACAGGCGCUGAUGGCUGCUCCCCUAAUCUGUGCCCUGAGAGUGUGAGAUCCCUUGCCGAGCCGGGGUAACGGCUACUCAGCACAAGGCAAUACAAGCCCCCCGUAAGUGCAGGAUUUGGGGAGCAGAAUGACAUCACUGGCAGUGGUCGAACAUACAUUUCCUAGAAAAGACACGGGAGAUGACGUUUUUUAUUUUUACGGCUCCACGUUUGCCCACAUCAGCGAAGAAACAGAGUAUGUUAGAAAGAUACGUGGAACUCUGGAGAAGAUUCAGAGUCAGUUAUUUAAGAACGAAGGAAACACUAAUCAUGUCACUUCCAAUACAGACAAGAAUUUAGCAAAUCUGCAGCAAAAUGGCGGCACGGGGAGUUGUGAAAACUCAUACGAGAGCAAGUACAUCCAGAUCAUCGACAGGCUGGAAGAGAAAGAGCUACAGUUGGUUGAGGCUCAUAAAGAAAACUCAGAUCUUCAGAUAAAGCUAGAAGCAACGCGGGAGGCAGGAGCCGGCGCCCUAAGGAACGCCACGAGGAAACUGUAUGAAAACUACAUCAAGCGAUCGGAUGAACACAGGAAAAGUCACGAGGAGGAGAAGCAGAAGCUCCAGGCCUCAGCUGUCGAACAUGAGAAGGUUUUUAAGCAUAGCAUCGAGAAACUGCACACCAUUGCGGAGAGAAUCCAGGACAAGCACGAGCAAAUCACUGAGCUGCAGAAUCUCAUGCAAAGGAUGGAAGAGGAAAAGUCGAUAUUACUUGAGAAGAAGCGGCUGCUAGAGAAGGAGAUUUCUCAAAGAAUGUCAGACCCGUCUUAUAAAAAUGGCUGUGGAAACACUCGGAUAGAGAUAGCCACUGUUGAAGAGCAAAUCAACCACUUGCAGCAGCUCAUGAUGUCCCAACACCAGUUCCUUCACGCUUUGAUACAGGAGAGUGAAGACUUAAAAAAUCGACUUAAAGAGCAAGACGUAACAAUCGGGGAUCUAAGGGAGAAGAUCAGCUUGCUGGAAAGUCAGAAUAAAGAACUGAAGAACAACGUGGAGCACUGGUCUCAUGACAAGACAAAGGUGUCAAAAGGGACAUUUGUAAAGGAGUCCAUGUUCGACGCCAAGUCCCCUUACUCCAGGCUUUUACAUUUACGGACCAGAUAUGUCACCGAGAAGAGCUGAUCAACGCUAAGUGGGACCUUCCGUCCAUCAAAGGUACAUUCUGGACUUAUCACAAGAAGAGCGAGAAAGGACGUCACACCUUACCCAACAGUGUUUGGACUCAUUACUACCCAUUGCUCAUUCACUUGCCUGCCCGACUCUGAAACUGAGGGGGAUUUUUACUUUUGUGAGCACAUGAUUGAAACAAUUGGACCUUUCAGAUUGCCAGAAUGACUAGACUUGAGAGAUUGUGCUGAAGAUGUACGAACGUCAAUGAGGAGGGCAAGAAGCCUCUUCAGAGCUUUACUGCUCGUUACUCUACUCUACACCGGACAAACAUUGCACUUAUUAUUGGGGAGAUGUAGCCUUUUCGUGAUUUUUAAUGUAAUAAUAUGGUUUGGAACAGUUCCCUAAGGCCCACCCCCUGUUCCCCUGCUGAUCUGGCUGGCUACUUUGUGACUCAGCCUGCCUACAGCCUGCAUCCUCCCAAUCCCACAAUUCCCUGCUGCACACGUGAUGUCAAUAAGGAAAGGAACAUCCCAGUGCAAUGCAUUGUGGGUUAUGUAGUUCCUGCAUGCUGUCUGUAAGCUGUGGGGAAGUUGUUACUUCGUUAAUUUGUAACAUCAAUGUUUUAGUCCCUCCUCCCCUGCCAGGAUUUCAAAUGAUGCAGAAAGAGAAGAACAGUUUUGCAGCUGAAUUUCAGCAUAUAAAAUGGUAUUUAUUCCUACUUAUUGAAGGAACAGAUUACAGUGAUAGGGAUAUUAGGGGUUUAUGGGUUGUGUGGGGCUCUUUAACACAUUUUGGUUUGGAGCCAGAGUUCCCCUUUAAUAUUAAUCAGAGGUUAUUUUUUGCAAACAGUCCUAGUCCUGAUUCUGGGACCUAAUAAUCAUAGCAGCUUGAUCAAAAUGGGGCAUCAAAAUGGGGGUUUGGAUCACUUGUGAAUGUUGCUGGGUAUUAUGGGAAAUGCCCUGGGUGAAACCGAUACACGGCUAAAGAAAUGUCCCAUGUUGGAGAUGUUGGAAUAAAAGUAAUUGAAGAAUAAAUAUUGAAAUGAAGAGAUGUAUCAGCAUACUCACCCGCAAAUUGGCUUUAUCAGUUUGUGAUCUAAAAUGUAUGUGUAUGAAAUGGCAUAAAGGACAUAUUGCAGGGAAGCCUAUGAAUCUAUGUAUAUAGCAGCUGUUAAUAUGCACCUAACUUAUUACAUUAGGGAAAUCCAUAAAAAAAAUUUUGGUGCUUCACCAACCUGACAUAGAGUUAAACUUACUGCACUAAUAAAAACAUAUGAAACAAA